GAACCAGAACCAGCUUCUGUCUCCAUUAUGUUCACUCAGAGAAUCCGAAUCUGUUCCUUGUUUAUGAAUCUGUGACUGCUUUUCUUGAUUUCAGGGCUCAUUUUGUUGAUCUCCAUGUACCCUUGUGACCAUUCAUGCCUGUAUUUCUUGUUAUUUCCAUUUUCAACAUGAUCCAUGAGUUUUGGGGCUUCAUGCUUGACCUUUUGCUUCUUGUUUCUUGACCAGGGACAUGAGGGUUGGAGCCACCCCAGCCAUGAUGAGAAACAAAGCUUCUAGUGGAUAUUGAGAAAUUUGGAAACCAAAGUGCAGCAAGGAAGCCAGUCCCAUAGGAAAAAGAAGUCACCUCGAGGUGCCGAUCUUGCUGAAUUCUUAAAUUCACUUUAGAUCAAAAAGGGAAAAUCAAGAGACAAGUGUCCAAUUUGUAAUCGUAUGUACAUAACACUGCCAACAUGGAGAAAAAUGCAUAUAAAUGUACUGAAUGUGGAAAGAACUUUAGUCAGCAUGGAUAUCUGAAGACGCAUCAAAGGACGCACACUGGAGAGAAACCCUAUACAUGCCAGGAGUGUGGAAAGAGCUUCACUCAGAGCGCACAUUUACGUUCACAUCAAAGGACUCACACUGGGGAGAAACCCUAUAAAUGCUUGGAGUGUGGAAAGAGCUUUGCUCAGAGUUCACACCUACGUAUGCACCACAGAAUGCACACUGGAGAGAAACCCUAUAAAUGCCUGGAUUGUGGACAGAGCUUCAGUGACAGUGGACAUCUACGUUCACAUCAAAGGACACACAGUGGGGAGAAACCUUAUACAUGCCUGGAGUGUGGACAAAGCUUCUCUCAAAGUUCUAGUCUACGUUCACACCAAAGAACUCACACUGGGGAAAAACCCUAUACAUGCCGGAAGUGUGGAAAGAGCUUCACUCAUUAUAUAGGUCUGCAUUCACAUCAAAGGACUCACACUGGGGAGAAACCCUAUACAUGCCUGGAGUGUGGACAAAGCUUCACUCAAAGUUCAGGACUACGUUCACAUCAAAGGACUCACACUGGGGAGAAACCCUAUAAAUGCCUGGAGUGCGGAAAGAGCUUUAGUCAUAAAGCAAAUCUGUGUUCACAUCAAAGGACUCACACUGGAGAGAAACCCUAUACAUGUGUGGAGUGUGGACAGAACUUCACUCAAAGUUCAGGUCUACUUUCACACCAAAAGACCCACACUGGGGAAAAACCCUAUAAAUGCCUGGAAUGUGGAAUGAGCUUCACUCACAAUGCAGGUCUGUAUGCACAUCAAAGGACUCACACUGGGGAGAAACCAUAUAAAUGCAUGGAGUGUGGACAAAGCUUCACUCAAAGUUCAGGUCUAUCUUCACAUCAAAGAACUCACACUGGGGAGAAACCCUAUAAAUGCAUGGAGUGUGGACAGAGCUUUACUCAGUGGGGACACCUACAUUCACAUCAAAGGACACACACUGGGGAGAAACCCUAUAAAUGCCUUGAGUGUGGUCAGAGCUUUACUCAAAAGGGACAUCUACAUUUACAUCAAAGGACCCACACUGGGGAAAAACCCUAUACAUGCCUGGAGUGUGGUCAGAAUUUCACUCGUAGUGGACAUCUUCAUUUACAUCAAAGGACUCACACUGGAGAGAAACCUUAUAAAUGCCUGGAGUGUGGACAGAGCUUCACUCAUAGUUCAGGGCUAUGUUCACAUCAAAGGACUCACACUGGGGAGAAACCAUAUACAUGCCUGGAGUGUGGACAGAGCUUCACUCAGAGUGGAGGUCUACGUUCACAUCAAAGGAUUCACACUGAGGAGAAACCCUAUACAUGUCUGGAGUGUGGACAAAGCUUCUCUCAAAGUUCUAGUCUACGAUCGCAUCAAAGGACUCACACUGGGGAGAAACCCUAUACAUGCCUGGAGUGUGGACAGAGCUUCACUCGGAGGGACCAUCUGCUGCGACAUGAAAGGACCCACACAGGGGAGAAACCUUAUAAAUGCUUGGAGUGUUGACAGAGUUUUCACUCAGAGGUCAAGUGUAUGUUCACAUCAAAGGACUCGAGCCCAAGGCCAAGGCAGCCAUAUUAAGUAAUUUUAUUAUUAUUUUAAUUUUAUACCCUGCCUGCUAGACGACCCCCAAAAUUUUAUAAGGUUUUACAUGCCUAUAAAGCCGUCUAGUACCCCGGAAUAUACGGUAGUUGUUAUACUCCAGAAACUUUGUUUUUGUGGCUGGCUUAAGGUAUGUUGAAUUGGUUGACACUGUAUUAGUCAUUGAAAAACGGUAACAAAAUAGGCUGCAGUUUAAUAUACUUUUCACAUGUUUUUUCAAAAUGAUAGAACCAAUUAGGAAAUGACAUUGAUUGCCCAGGAACAAAAAUCAUGUUUCUCCCCUGAGUCCUCCUCGUGGGGAGAAGGCGGGGAUAGAAGUGUGUGAAAUAAACAAAAUAAACAAUGGAA